AAACUUCACAGAGGCUGGAGCAGAUCUGCUAGUGCAGACAGUUCUAGACAUGGUCGACUAAUGCCUGGUGCAAGACAGCUGGGUGGUAGAGAUAAGGAUGUCAUGUACAAAGUUGCAGUAACAACUGGAGAUCUCAAGAACAGUGGCACAGAUGCUAAGGUAUUUAUAAAACUGAAAGGGACAAAAGGAAAAGUGCCAAAAACACGGUUAACAAAGAGAGCUGGCUCAGUAAAGUCAGCAAAGAAUGUAGCUUUUCGAUUCACAAAGGGUUCAACACAUGUUUUCAAAAUAUGGGGUCCAAAUAUUGGGACUUUGAGGUCAUUGGUAAUUGAGACUUCAGCACUGAAGAAAGAAGAAGCAUGGAACUUGCAGGAGGUUGAGGUGACAAACACAAAGACAAACAAGUCCUGGCACUUCUUCUGCAACCAGUGGUUUUCCCUUUUUCAUGGAGAUGGUCAGACCUCCAGAGAGUUUUUUCCUGCCCAGAUUUCUAAAACAGAGUACGAGGUUGUGACAGUAACUGGAGAUAAAACAGGAGCAGGGACUAAUGCAAAUGUGUUCAUGACACUGUAUGGAAAAACUGGCACAACUGGCAAAAUUCACCUGAAGAAUGUAGACAAGGCAAGCUUCCAGAGUGGCAGUACAGAUACAUUUCGUUUCAAAUCUAACUGUCACGAUAACACUGGACUGGCACCAGGCUGGUAUUUGGAAAGAGUGGUGGUUACAGAUUUAAAGAAUCCCCAGUGGAAAUACUUCUUUCCCUGUGGUCAGUGGCUGGCCAAGGAUGAGGGCACUGGAGACAUUUGCAAAGACCUUAUUGGCAGCAGAGAUCCGCUAGCUAUUAGAAAAGCAACAAAGUACAAGGUCACUGUGUAUACAGGAAACAAAAACGGAGGAGGAACUGAUGCCAAUGUUUCCAUAACCAUGUUUGGGGAGUUUGGAGAUUCUGGGGAGAAAAGACUCCAUAAAACAAGGAGGAACUGUUUUGAGAAAAAUUCGGUUGACGAAUUUAUCUUGCAAUGUCCAACUCUUGGACGACUUCAGAGAAUAAGGAUAGGUCAUGACAACUCUGGUUUCAGCCCUGGAUGGUAUUUGGACAAG